GGAGAAGGAUACAACGCCACACGAGAGAAACUCGCUAACGACGACCCAGAUCUUGACGACUACCAACUUGUGAUAUGGAAAAUAGACCCACCCGACGACCCCUGCGACAUAAAAAAACUAGCUGACGCAGAUAAUCGAGACCGAGAAGGAGGAUACGAGCCCGUACGAAGGAACCUGGAAGACUUAAAGUGUGACGGAAGAAAAGAUAUGAUGAGCAAAGGUAUCGUGAUGAUAACCAAAAGAGAUAACAACACAACUGAAUUAGUGAACAGCACUGAAGAUGAGAAAACGGCAACAAACCACGAGAAACAGGAAGAACAACGGGAGUAUAAGCUGCAACAACGUACCAUAGAACGACCGACCAUCAUGGAUUAUCAAGACCAAGGAGGAGGGUUCGAUGUCAAUACUGGAAGUGGAAAAGGGAUUUAUGACGACACACCAAUAAGCUCCGAAGAACCUGCGAGGAAAGAAGAUCAAGAAUUCGAAGCUAGUAAAAACGAGCAAGUGAUAGAACAAUGGAAAGGAGAUGAUUACAAAGCCAUCAUGACGUACCUAAUGGUGAAUGCGCCUACAAAGGUGCCAAUGUAUGCGCCUGCGAAACAAUUGUUCGGUACCACCACCCUACAUCGAAAAUCCGUUGGACGAAAAAAGAAACAA